AUGUCCACAGAUGCCUACAGCAAUGAUGUCGCCGCCGAGCACAUCCAGGAGCUCAGCAAGAUCAAGGAGGACGUCCCCAAGCUCCUCACCGCUGCAAGCCACGCCAUAAACGCCCUCACCAAUCGCCCGCUCCCCUCCGACUCAUCCAAAUCCACAUCCAAUCCCUUGGACGCCCGCAAAGAAGCUUACCAAACCCAUACGCGGACCUACUUCACGCUCGUCCGCGAGAUCUCCAACAACCUCUCGCGCGAGAUUGGUGCGCUUGAGGAGGCCGGCGUGAUACCAGCAAAGGCGGAGAAGGUUGAGCAGGCACAACAGCAGCGUGAGGGUGGUGCCAGUGCUGAAGUCAAGAACGGCGGCUUGGGCGAUUUAGACGUUGGUUGGCUGAACGCGCGCACGAGGGACGUGGGUGUGGGCAAGGCGGGAGAGCUGGUUGCAGAGGCGAGGAGGCGGUUUGAGGAGAGAGGGAAGAGCGAAGCACGAGAUGGUGAUACGGAUAUGGUCUAG